CGCAUAUAUAAUGAGAUGCCCUCUGUGCCGCACGCCAUUGAACAAUCCAUCGUCGGUGUUGAAGAACUAAUCGGCAGAAAAACCCGGACCCUCAAAAUGCUGCAAUUUCGAUGGCUCUUUAUCCUUUCAAUGCUGAUGAGUAUCUUGAUUGCCCAAACUGCGAUUGCAAACAACAGACGUCGGAUUUCGUCUAAAGCGUUGAAAGAAAAGAAUGAAACCAUUCAGAAUGUGGAGAAGUUUCUGACAGAAGGCGAAUACGCGGUAGACAUGGAAGGAUACAGCAAAGUAAUUGCAUUGCUGGGAAUGUCCGGUACCGGCAAGAGCACAAUCAAGAAGCUCUACCUGAGAGAACCAAACCUGAUGGUCAUAAAGGCCGGCACAAAAAGCGCGCGGUUUCUUUUCACGGACGGAGGAAAUCAAAUCAGUUUGGCCAACGAGACUAGCAAGUCGAAGACCUUGAUUCCCAUCACGACCAUUGACCCUUCCUCGGGAGCACUGUUCAUCGACUGCCCAGGUUUCAGUGACACAAGGGGUGUGGCCGAAGAAAUCGCUGCGAGCUACAUGAUCAAGAAGGUUCUUGACCAGGCUGAGCAAGUCAAGUUCAUCGUGGUCGAGAACCACGCUGGACUAAUCAAUGGCGGUGACAGGUACACAAUCAGAACGUUCCUGCGCCACUUGGCCACGUUUAUUCCUGACGUCGACCGACUGAGAGGCUCCAUCGGGUUCAUUGCAAACAAAGCUGAGAAAUCAGCUGCGUCGUUUGAAGACGAAGAAGAUGAGGUAAUCGAGGUUUUGGAGAACUUCAAGGACGCUUUAUUGGAGAACUCCGGCGACGAAAAGGGUGGCUAUCUCCGGUCGGAUGAAAUUGCCAAGAUGUCAAAGUUGAUCGACAUAAUCAACGCUGGUGAUCAAGGUGACAACGUCGUCGUUGUUUAUAGGCCGAACAAGGAGGGCAGUCCUUGGGAUAUCGACUACAUGAACAAAAGUGUCAACAAUUUAAAUGACAUGAUAGAAAACAAGUUGCAAUUCGCUGACAACAGGGGAAUCCAGUACAACUACAGCCUCAGCGCCCAGGGCGUCGCCCUCAUCAAAGACGAUUUGAUUCCUAUCAAAAGUGCAGAAAUUGAAAGAUUGGUCGUUACUGUCCUUGAGUCAUUUCGGCAGCAGCUAAACCAAAGGAUCCGUGAGAAAAAAAUAAUCAGUGAAAAAACUUAUGUAAUCAGUGCUUUAAUCAAAGACGUUGCUAGCCAGCUUCAAAGUGCGUCUAAAUAUUCGGACUUUCUCUCUGAAAUUGCAACAUCUUCCGGUUUUGUAGUGGAUGCUGACAUCCUUCAAAAAAUAAAAAAGGUGGAAAAACUAUUCCUGUUUUUUAUGCAGAUGGCAAGAGUUUCUCGAGAACUCUCUACGAUUAUUCAAGAUCAAAAUAUAAUAUCUGAAAAAUUCUUACAACCCCUCAAUGAAUUGCAGCUUUAUUACAAUUUCAUGCGUAAAUUGGAAGAAGGUCUGCAAAGUUUUGAAGCUCAUUUGAACCGGGAACGUUUUAUAGGAUUGGUCAAUGUCAAGACAGGAAUUAACUCCAUGAGUGACUAUGAAAAUUUGAUUUUUAAUCUGAGCAUUCUGAAAAUCGCGAUAGCGGAUUCCAAAGCGCUCGUAUCUAUCAACUCCAUCUCUACUGAAAUGUUUAACGAGCUCAAUGCGUUGCUGAAAAAAAACUUAGACUAUGAAGUUGUGAAGCAAUACGAUAGUUAUUCGAAAGAGUUGACCGUCAAGGGAAAAACAGUUUUGUUGAGCGAAGCUGCCUUUCAUUCUCAAAUGUAUCCGGAAGCCAGGAACAUCAAAAUCUUUGCUUGGCAAACGCUCUUCGUAGAUGGAAACUUCCAGCUGACUGAUGCCAAUCUUGCCAUGGUCGCUCCCUCAAUAAAAGUCGUCGUCCGCACGGUUAUUAAGAGCACUGCCAGCGACUCGGCUGUAGGCAAAAGCGGGAAAAGUUCAGGAUUCGUUUACAUCAGCGCGCUCAAAAUUGAUAAUCCAUCUAGGCUGAGCGUCAUCAGCACAGGUGGACGGGGAGGGAAGGGCAUCGCCGGUGAAGCUAGUUCAUGUCACUUCCCUUCAAUACCUCAAAUCUACAUAUCAUCUGGAGCUAGUUAUGGUGAUAUCACCACUCGACUUGCUAAAUACCAUUACGAAAUACUUUUGGACACUAAUUCAGAGUCCGAGGACAAUUCAUUCAUUUAUUACAGGUCUUAUUAUAAUAAAAUAAUCUUCAAAGUCACCCAUCCUAAUGCCUAUUCAGUGAUUGCAGCGACCACCGGCAGACCAGGGGGCAAAGGAGGUUACCCUGGAAAAGUUACUUUGAAAACAAAGAGCUCUUCGUCCUCUCCAGUAAUUGUGGAAAAUCAAGGUGAAUCCGGCGUUGCCGGAGAUCCGGGCUUUAUUACGCCUUGCUUUGAGAAAAUCCCCUUUCUCAUUCUCCAUUGCGAAGAGAAAACUGAAAAAAAUACUUUUGCCAAAACCAAAUAUCAUGGAUUCAAAUGUUCAACUUUUUCGUCCGGGUUUGAAGAAACUGCGAACGACGUGGUGCCCCAAUACCGGACCCAGAACAAGGGAGUGGCACCCGCAGAAAGUUCGCAGCCUCCAGAAACACCCUCGCGCCAAAUAACCGCUGAAUACUUGAACGAUUCCAAAUCGUUUGAAGCCGAUUACAACGUGGAAUUCAGCAUAUUCAUACGCUAACAAAAUUGAAAGACCAUUUUUCAAUACAUAAAAAAUGCGAACCUUUAUAAUGUAUAGAGCUACUUCAUUUUUUUGCAAUUAAAAUAUCUACUUUUUAUUACAUUUUUUAUUUCUCCAAUAAAAUGUUUCACACAGAGAUAAAGGAAAACGAAAUCAUUGUUAAAAAAAACUGACACACCCCCAGAUAGAAUUUAUUUAAAUCAUUCAUAGUUUUGUUUUGUAUAGUAGUAUAUUUGACGAUCGAGGGUUGCUCUGUAAAACAAAAACAUCACAAAAACCGUCGCAAGAAAAAACGACAUAUAGUACAUAAAUUUGUUUUCCAUAAAUUUUAUAUGCAACUGCGAUGCACUUAAUCCUAUACCAUUGCAAGUAUAACAUGUUUAUAACUGUCAUUUUCACCAGUAGGCAUUUUAUUGGCUUAAUCUGUUUAAUAAUGUCGCAUAAUGUGUGUAAAUCAAAUGACAAUAAUAAUA